AUGCGUGUUCACGACGAACGGCCUCAGCAGCCAAGCUCUCGCGAUGCCUUCUACAUCCUCCUUCCGAUGCUUAUCGUCCUGUCCACUUUCCUCUUCCUGCUGCUGCUAUUUCUCGUAUGCGUCAUCCUCCUUCGCAAGCGACGCGGCAUUAUGCUACGCGACACCGACGGCCCCGUGGACAUGAGUCGCGAGGAUCUUAUCGAGGGCGAAGGCGGCUUCGAGGGUGUCGAAUCUCGCUGGCUCGAGACAGUGAGCGAAUCGGAACGCAGAGCUUACCAGCGUUCAAAGGAAUACCAGCUUCAGCAUCCACCGAACUCCAUGCCUACGGAUAUCACACUUUCUCAAUUCCUCUCCAUACAGGAGAAAGGCGUAUCCGCGUGGUCGUUCGAGCCCGAUUUCGAGGCUCUGUCUUCACUGCUCGUACAUGCUCGUACUGAGUUGACCUUCCUCCCGGACCCACUUUCCGCGUCGUCUGUGCAGUCUAAUCUGCCUCUACCCAAGCUGAACGAAGUGUACUACUGGGAGGCCAAGAUGUUCGACCUGCCCCCAACAACCAAUGUCGCAAUCGGGCUUGCCACAAAGCCGUACCCGACGUUCCGCCUUCCGGGACUCUGUCGGUACUCGGUCGCGUAUCACUCCAACGGCGAUAAAUCCCACAACUUCCCGUUCACCGCGGCUGCGUGCGGAACCACUCUGAAGGAGGGUGACGUUCUCGGUGUUGGCUAUCGGCCUCGCUCGGGAACGGUCUUCUUUACGAAGAACGGGCGCAAGAUGGAAGAUGCGUACACUGGUUUGACCAACUGGAAUCUGUUCCCUACUGUUGGCGCCGACGGACCCUGCAGUAUCCACAUCAACCUUGGUCAGUCCGGGUUCGUGUUCAUCGAGGCGAAUGUCAAGCGAUGGGGUCUCGCACCAAGCCAGGGUACACUAGCACCCCCUCCAGCCUACGGCAGCGAGGCAGGGAGCAUCUUGCUUGCGUCGGGAGGGCAUAUGACGCCCAUGAACGCCGACGUGAUCUCCUCCGGAAGCCCUGCUGGAGCCUCUACUAGGUCACGCCGUUCACAUCGUUCACGGAGACCCAGGGUUGGGCAGGCGACGUCCGCCCCCAUAGAGUCAUCACCUUUGCGCGGCAGUCCCCUGGCUUCGCCUUCUCCUCCCGACACGCCUCCUCCACCCAUCACUCCCAUCGAGGAGGAAUCCGAUUCUGCUGGCGCCGCGGGACCGUCCACUUCGCGGAGGUACAUCUCACCCACUGAUAUGCCAUUCCAUGCCCCUCAUAAUGUUGACAUCCCUCCCUCUCCCUCCUCUCCGACUCAAAGGGACCGCCCACGACGCACCUCGUCUGCGUCCAGUUCCUCGCGUGCAUCUCGGUCACCACCACCCGGAGGCGCGGCGGGCGCAGGUGCGAGCCAAUUCAAUAUGCCACGACCCCAGCCGUUCAACAUCACUCAUGCGCGGACGGGCUCGCGUUCAUCGGUUUCAGGUGCCGACCUCGCGAUCCAGGUACACCCGCCCCCGGAGUCGCCCAUUGCCGCGGACCUCCCCACUCCGGGCCCGCGCGACAUCCACUUGCAGGCGUUAGCUCCCUCAAAUCCUCCCACCCCCGGGGACAGUGCUCAUGUCUCUCAUAGUUCUUCCGCCGCGCACUUGGAGGCGCUGAGUGUGGAGCCCCCUGCGUACUCCCCGCUGGAUGCGUACGCCUACCCGGACGGAGCGCAGAUCGACCUUCCAGCGGAGGUCAUCGCCGCUGCAUUAGAGCGGGGCACGAUCCCGUCGCACAUCGUCGGUGCUGCAAACCCGUCGCGAUCUGAGCGGCACCGGAGCCGCCGGGACCGGCGCUCAUGA